GGAACCCAAGAAACAUUUGAAGGGUAUGCCUUGUCUUCUGUCAUUUUGGAUUUGAUUGUGUUACUGACUUAAGAAGCGUAAGCGUUACCAUAAAGAGAUGACCCAGUCGAAAGAAAAAAAAAGAAAUCAUCCCGAACUUACAUUUUUUUUUUAUUUCCCCUUUUCUCUUUUCUUUCUUUUUAUUCCAUCCAUCUUUAUUCUUCAACAGGUUUUAACUUUUUAUUCUUUUUCAAAUGGUAACUAAAUACUCUUCUGAUAUUCGGCCUUCCCUAGUAUCAUGGAAUCAAGGUGUAGACUGUUCAAGUUAUGUUAGUCAUGGAAGUUUAUCCGAACGACCUGAAUCACCAACAUUACCUAUAGAUGAAUCAUACGACGAUGACCAACAAUAUCGUUAUGCAUUACCUACACCUACCACAGAUAGAUCAACUUUGAUAUCAUCCAGACGUCCUUCAGAAUCUUGUAAUACCCAAAUUUCAACUACGUCUAUAGACUAUUCUUCAACUCGUUCUUCUCCUGUGCGGUUUUUAUCAAGUCCUAUAGAAACUGCUCAACGUCGUCAUGUCAAACACCAACCAAGCUCAAAGAGUUCCACAGUUCCAUAUCAAAUUCAGUUGCCAACCUCAGCAGAUAAUCCAUCACCACCAAUAGCACCAUCUUCUCCAGGGAUAUCAGCGGUGACAACGAGUCGACAAAAGACAAACGGCAAUACAUCUUCAUUAUCAGUUAGUCGACAUCAUACAAACUCUCACCAUAAAAUGAAUUCAUCUGUUAGUAACUUAAGUUCGACAAAAAGAUCCAGACCACCAUUGACUGAUUAUGCUGCUGCUGCCAUUGAACUCACUUCAUCAUCUGGGGCACAAAAUCCUCCUGCUCCUGCUGCUGGUAUGUAUUGGUCUCGUGUGAUUACUUAUGGAAAAGCUCCAACACGUCCGUUACGUGCUCAUUCUGCCAACAUGGUGGGUGAAAUGAUGUAUGUCUUUGGAGGAUGUAAUCAAAAAACAUGCUUCAAUCAUCUUUACAUACUAGAUAUGGAUACGUUGUCAUGGACAAAACCUCAUACUUUUGGUCAAGUUCCUCCUCCAUUGCGAGCUCAUUCAUGUAAUGUUAUAGAAUAUAUGGUUGGAAAACGAAAAUCUUAUUUUCUUUAUGUUUUUGGCGGUGGUGAUGGACCUAAUUACUUCAAUGAUAUAUAUGUAUUGAAUGUUGAUACUUUAACCUGGACAAAACCUUCUGUACAUGGUAAGCCUAUCUCUCCACGACGAGCUCACGCUACUUGUGUAUGGCAAGACAAAAUCGUCAUUGUGGGUGGCGGAAAUGGAACACAAGCCUUAUCGGAUGUCUAUGUACUUGAUGUAUCUGAUCCCAAUCGACUUUGUUGGUCUGAAAUAAAACCCAGUGGUCCUGCACCUAUGGCACGUGGUUAUCACACCGGUAAUCUGAUUAAGGAUAAAUUAGUGAUUUAUGGUGGUAGUGAUGGUCACGAUUGCUUUAGAGAUAUACAUAUUUUGAAUCUUACAACCAAUCAUUGGAGUCAAAUUGAAUUAGAUCGAGCUAUACCAAGAUUGUCACAUUCUUCAACUCAAGUUGGAUCCUAUCUCUUUAUCAUUGGUGGUCAUGAUGGUUUCAAAUAUUCGAAUGACGUGAUAUUAUUGAAUUUAGUAACCAUGACUUGUGAAACAAAAAAGAUAUAUGGCUCACCUCCUGGACCUCGUGGUUAUCAUACUGCUGUAUUGCAUGAUUGUCGGCUUUAUAUUCUUGGUGGAUAUGAUGGAACUCAUGUGUUUGACGAUCUCUAUACUUUGGAAUUAAGUUCAUGUGCCUAUCUUCCGCAAAUCACUAAUUUCGAUAUUGAUGUCUAAUCCUCUCCCUCUCUCUCUUUUUUUAGUUUAUGUUGUAUUUUACUUUAUUUUAUUUUAUUUUAUUUUGAUUCCUACCACCAUACCAUGCAUAUAUACAUAUAUAUCUAGAUGUAUAUAUUUAUACAUUCC